UGCGAUCUCCUUUUUUAUCUUUCAAAUUGUUACGAGAUGUAAGAUACUCUGUAUAGGUAUCUGAAGGCAGAAGAACAAGUGCACGUUUCACGCACGAGCAUUGUGCUUUCGUGGAAACUGAGAUUUGUUCACCUUGGUGCCAGAUCUUGGUCCCGGUACUCCCGAUGGCGCCACGAUUCUCGAAUAAACAGAUCGGUGAGUCAACGUUCAGAGAUGAGAAUUGUCAUCGUAAUGACAUCAUGCAGUUCGCGUGGCAGGUGCAUAUAUAUAUAUAUAUAUAUCAAAGGAGGUUGUAAAGUUGCCAAGAAUGAUUUAAAUAACCGAGAGAUGAUUUUAGAUUUCGUUUCGUCGAGUGUCAUUAGCAUGGUGCGUCAAUAACAGAUAAUUCUGACAUCCCGAUUCUACACACAAUUCUUAAAAGUUCUGCGAUUGAAUAAUAUUGUAUCGUUGAAUAACAGAAGAAAAAAUUGAAGGAAGUUUAAGUAGAGAUCUUUGAAUUUUUACUCGGCGUGUCCUCGAUCCUAUUUUCAACAUUAUAAAUCUCGUUUCCUAUUGCUUAUCUUUACACGUUUCGCUCAUUCGGUAAUAUUUCAUUCGAAAUUCAUAAAAGCUGUCAAUGCGAGGACACAUGCGUAUGGUUUAAGAAGUUUUAAUCUGCAAUAUGCUUGGGAACAGCGCAAUAUUUCAUAUUAGUUAUCGAGAGUGUGUAUCGCACGCUCUACCUGUCGAAAACAUUAUACCAGAGUACUAGAGUAUAAAAGAGUGAAGAAGAAACGAUGUUGCUGGCAAGUACUUACCUUAUUCUCACCAUGAUUUUCAAGCUAAUUUCGUUUCUCGUGUUUUUAAGUCUAGCUGCACGUUUCUCAGUUUCCGAGCACGUUGCUCGAAAUGAUUCGCCAGUUCUGCACGAUGCUCGGACAGAUCCGAACAAUUUUGUCUUGGUCAAUCCCAGCCAAGUGCGCCGUUUGGAAAGAACGAUUCGGAAUUUCUUUUCAAAGAUGUCGGAAGUUACGGAGGAACCGGCCGCGCUAAAGUCUAAGUCGUCCAACUCGUACAAUCUGCUGUCGACUGUUCGAGAAAUAUGCAAGAGCAUAAGAGAAAGACUCGUGCAACUCGCCCAUGACGUUGGGCUGAUUAAUACCGUUCGACGAUACGAAAAAAGCUCGAACGCGGCUCCGAUGUCCGACGACUGGUAUUCUGAAUCGCUGUUGCAGAGCGUGUACAUGAUACGCGACUUGGGGAACGUGAUUAAUGAAAUUAGAUCAUCGACUGGUUUGUAUAUUGAGGAAGGAAACGCGACUUCCCGGGAAGGAAGCAAGCAGCUAAGCAGGCAAGCCAACGGCUUCAAAUUCCUUGGUGUAGUGCACGAUAUAGCCGACUAUAGCGAUAGACUGUUUCAAUGUCUCCUGGAAAUGAUGGACACGAGGAAGCACGGAGCAUCGUCUUUAAGCCUAAAUCGAGCGAUCUUCCGCCUGGCGAAACAAUCGCCGAAAGCCACCGUUGAAACUUUGAAAAUUACCGCGAGAAACACUUCGCAGGCGAAUCUCCUUAAAAAUCAUCCGCGACAAAAGUCCUGGCACGUGUAUCUUUGUCUUUCGAUGUUGAACGAGGGAAUCGAUUUCAACGAUUGCGUCCGUGAGUUGCAACGGUUCGACGAAUGUGCGAACAGCUCGAGACAACCAUCGAGCGCGGGAACGCGCAAUUCCGACGUGAAAUCGUGGACAAGGGCGAUUCGAAGCUUGAGCGACUGCAAGAUCCUGGUAGACAAGUACGGGGAGACGAUGGUUUCUUGUCACACUGAUCGGAAAAUACCGAUGAGAAUCGAGAGGAAGGCGAGGUACGUGUUUGAAAAGAUGCUGGGUAAAAAAAUAUCCAAGGGAUCUCCCUUUUAUCGCGCUGCCGGCGAUCUCGGCGACACGCUGUCGAAAAGCGAACUGGGACAAAGAUUCGUCGACGAGUUGUGCCAAUACGUUCGGAUUUACGAGGAUGGCCAGAGGAAAUUGAAAAGACUUUCGAAGUCUGUGCACAGGGACAGAAGAGCAAUGGUGAAGCACGGGGAAAUCUCGAAGGCGUUGAAACUGUACAAAAGGGGAGCGUUGGUAAGAACGUUUGGAGCGAUAAACAAAAUGCACCACUCGGCAAUCGAUUUUGAAAAAUUCUUCGCCGAGGGGAUGAAGGAUACUUUGACGGAAGCUUGGCAGAGUCACGUGAGGAUUCUGUCUAGUCUGAUGGACUGGAUGACCAAACUGCUGGAGCUUCACAACGGCGGGAGUUUCAGUGGAAAGGAGCCGAGCUCGUCAGACACGAGCACGUCGCAAGUCGAGUGGAAUAGCGACGAAAAUUCGAAUUCCGAAAAUAUGCAGGAGCUUGUUGCAAGAGCAACUCGUCCAAGAUCAGAGAUGAUAAAGGAUGUGGACAGCUCUAUGAACAGUCUGAUAGAAUCGAUGAAUCACCUAACCAGACAUCGGAACGCGAGCAACAAAAACACGCUGACCUGUAUUGCAAACAAUCUUCUUUUAGUCAUGAUAUUUAUGGAAACUAUCGGUUUCGUUUCCUCGUUGUACUGCCUCGGCCACUCUACGAACGAUCAAACUUCUUCAGAGUUUGACGACGAGUGGAACCGUGAACGUAGAUCAUUGGUUGCCGCGGAAUACGAUGAAAUUGUCGAUUUGAUUUCGCGUGAUUAUCUUCUCUUGGAUAGAAACUCGGCCAUUUUUGAACGAAAGCGCAAACACAAUAAAAAUUCCAAGUAAUCUAAUUCUACGUUACGCGAAUGUAAUGAGAGAUAGAAAGU